GUGAUCCGAUGUCACAUGAACAGACCCGAUGGGCUCAGCGGAUUCUCUCUCCUUUAGUUAGCCUCCCCACAAAGUUUCCUCACUUUUGGAGCGCGCAUAUAUCUCUCUCCCCCUACCCGAGGUGCACCGCCCUCUAAUACCCAUUCACUCCCCCCCACCGCCUCUCCUCGCUUUCCUUCCCAACUAUUCCACCUGGCCCAGUGAUUCGUCCCCAUGGGGUGCUUUCCCUUAACCCGAGACGGUAGCUGACGUUGGCAGGGCGCGGGGUGGAGGGUGAGGUUUUAGCCUGGAGUCCUGGUCGCUGAUAUAGCCGGGAGCUGCCUGUCGUUUCCACUACAGGGUGGACUAUGAAUGCCCGAUCCCGGCCCCUGGCUGUGGCCGGGACCGGUCUGUUGUUCGCUGCCGCCGGCACCGGGUUUCUGCGCGUUACAGCCCCAGGUGAAGGCGAUUAAUAGGUUGUUCUCCGGACAGCGAUCGGCGAGGCGCUGCGGACUAUGAAUGCCCUGAACCGGCCCCGGGCCCUGGCUGUGGCCGGGCUGCUUCUCGCUGCCGCCGGCACCGGGCUCCUCCUCGGGAUUCCGCACAUUGUGCGGCGCCAGGUGAAGGCGAAUGUACAGAUCGAUCCUGCAAGUGGCCUGGCUUAUACGAUGUGGCGAGAUAUCCCCAUCCCGUUCUACAUGUCUGUCUACUUCUUUGAGGUUAAAAAUCCACAGGAAAUUCUUCGUGGCGAGAAACCCGUUCUGGCACAGCGAGGGCCUUAUGUUUACCGAGAAUACCGACAGAAAAGUAACAUAACCUUUCACAACAAUUAUACGGUCUCGUACCGUGAAUAUCGACGAUACUAUUUCCACCCUGAAAGGUCAGCUGGAAACGAAAGUGAUGAGCUGGUUUUGCCCAACAUGAUUGCUUUGGGUGCAGCUUUAAUGGUUGAAGACUUGCCCUAUGCUUUGAAAUUUAUGUUCAGCACGGCCCUGAAAGCCUUUAAGGAGACUCCGUUUAUUAAGAAGACUGUGAAGGAGAUAAUGUGGGGUUAUGAUGAUUCAUUCAUUGAUUUCCUUAAUCGAAUGUUUCCAGGCAUGCUCCCGUUUAAAGGAAAGUUUGGCUUGUUUGCCGAGAUGAACAACUCAGAUUCCGGGCUGUUCACGGUUCAUACAGGAGUUGAUAAUAUCAGCAAAGUUCACAUGGUGGAUAACUGGAAUGGUUUAAAAGAGGUAAACUACUGGCACACGGAACAGUGCAACAUGAUCAAUGGGACAGCAGGUGAAAUGUGGCCCCCGUUCAUAACUCCAUCAGAUUCUUUAACCUUUUACAGCCCAGAAUCGUGUAGAACACUGGAACUAGUGUAUCAGAAAUCUGGUUGGACAUUUGAUAUCCCAUCUUUCCGCUACAUCGCCCCAAAGACCAUGUUUGCUAAUGGAACGGUGUACCCUCCCAACCAGGGCUUCUGUCCGUGCAGGGAGUCUGGGGUCCUGAAUGUCAGCACGUGCAGGCACAAUUCUCAAGUCUUCAUUUCGCAGCCUCACUUCUACAACGGCGACCCUGCGCUGUGGGAGGCCGCGGACGGGUUGCACCCCAGUGAGAAGGAGCAUGCACUAUUCAUUGACAUCCACCCAUUAACAGGAGUCCCUUUGAAUGUCUCUAUCAAAUUGCAACUGAACCUGUACGUGAAAGCAGUGCCAGGGGUGACGGAGACUGGGAAUAUUCGGCCUGUGCUGUUGCCUUUGCUUUGGUUUGAGGAGAGUGGGUACAUCGAUGGCCCAGCUGUCAAUACUUUCUACUAUUUCAUGGUGGUGUUGCCAAUCGUAUCUCAAUAUCUUCAGUACAUCCUGAUUACAGUUGGCUGCCUUUUAGUGUUGGUCGCUCUAGCACUGAAAAUUGCGCCCCUGAAAAAGCAGGGCAUUUCACCUGGAAACGGAGAAGACGGUCUAGAUGCUUCGGAAAGGUUACUGCAAGCUGACAACAGUACCGAGUCACUGGAGCAAGUUUGAUCUCUGAUGGACUGAAUUUUAGUCACCAUUGCUUUUUAGAUAUUGAUUUUAGCCACUCAGUUUAUAUUUUGCUCUGUUUUCCUCUGUGUGACUUCACAAUUUCCUACUGCCAACUUUGUAUAUACUACAGAAAUGUGGAGAAACUUUAUGGAGAUGUUUCAUUGAACUAUUUUUACAUUAAUUACAAAAUUAACAUUGUUAAAGUAGACGAUAUUCAACCCUAUGACUUGAUGAAUUGAGGGCUGACGUCACUAUACAGGUUUUACAGGGUUGGUAGAUUUUCAUUCAGACUUUCGAAUAAGACCCAUAGUGGAAAUUAAAAUGACAUCACUCACAAGUAGAACUGUUGGGUAUCAUUUCUAACUUUCUCCUACAAUGCCAUCAGAAUCAGGUAAAACUUGUGCCUUGUUUCCAAAGUCUUGAUGAAAAGCUACACUCGAUUUCCCACUAUUUCACUUGGAACAGCAGCCAUCAUUGCAGCGGCCGUUGCUGGAGUGGUGAUGUUCAGGCUUUAGCUCUUCGAGGCUUCAGUCAGAGAAGGCAAAAAAGAAAACUUCUCGGUAGAGUUCUUUCUUUCCCCCUCCCUUCUUUACAUUUGCUCGUUAGAGGUGCCAGGUAAUAUAGUUGAAUGCUCCUCUUGGGAGAUGUGGGAAGGCAGGGAGACCUGUACUGUCCCUGAUGACUACAACUGUGAAAAGUGCAUCAGCUGCAGCUUCUAACAAACCUUGUAAAGGAGUUGGAACUGGGACGAGAUGAACCUCAGAUCGUUCGGGAAGCUGAAGGGCUGAUAGGACAGACAGAAGUUGUUAUCCCCAAGCUGCCUCCCCGCCCCCCCCGGGAAACUGACAAUCUGAAAGAGGUUAAGGAGCCAGUGCAGAGUACCCCUAUACCCCCUCAAUAACAGGUCUAUCAGUUUGGAUACUGGUGGGGAAAGUUACACUGGUCAGAUUUCUGGCCUGAGUCUAGCUCAGAAGGGAAAGGGAGAAGAGGUGCACAGUGGAGGUGGGGGAUUCAUCAGGGGGACAGGAAGGAGGUUUUGUGGACCGGAAUGAGCUACGCAGAUGGCAUGUUAACCCCUGGGUGCCAGGGUCCAGGACAGCUCAGAUGGAGUACUCAACAGGAGGGUGAACAGCCAGAGGCUGUGGUCCAUGUCGGUACCAAUGAUAUGGAUAGGGCGAGUGACCUGGGUCUGCGUAGGGAGUUUGUUGCUGAGUUACAAGGCACGAUCUCCAGUGCCACGUGCGAGGGAAAAACCAGAGCUAGGAAGAUUACAUAGUUUAAUAUGUGGCUAAGGAAUUGUGUAGGAGAGAGGGCAUUAGACGUUUGGAUCAUUGAGCUCUCUUCAUGGGAAGGUGGGACCUGUCCAGAAGGGACAGUUUGCACCUGAACUGGAAGGGGACUAAUAUUCUAACAGGAAGGUUUGCUGAUGCUCCAUGGAGUGAUUUAAACUGGAGUUGCAGGGGGAAUGGGAACCAGUUGGUGGAGAGCUUGUGGUGAGACCUCAGACAAAGUCGGGAAUCAAAGGUUGAGCAUGGUGCGACUAGUGUCCUGAGCUGCAGAUAUUUCAAUGCAACAAGUAUCGUAGGAAAGGCAGAUGAGCUCAGGGCAUGGAUCAACACUUGGAAUUGUGACAUUGUAGCCGGUGAGUUGUGGCUGCAAAACUGAUAGCUCAGUGUUCUGGGGUUCCAUUGUUUAAGCUGAGACAGAGCGGGAGGGAACUAAGGGAGGAGGGAUGGUGUUACAAGUCAGGGAAAAUGUCACAGCAGUGCUCCAAGACAGACUGGAGAACUCGACUAGUUGAAUUGACCAUUUCUUUCAUCCCUCACAUGAGGAGUAAAAAUCUUUACGCUAUGUCUCUGAAUGUAUAAAUUACAGUAAUUUGUAAUAAAUAGUAUGUACAGUGAGAUAUACAACAUCAGUGUAAAUUAAUCUGUUGGCCUGUGGGAUGUUAUGGGUGAAGCUGAGAGCUAUGGAAGGUAUGACCACGUUACUACAGAC